UUUUUGUAGGGACAUCUUAUUUAUCAAUUACAAGCCACUGUGUUGAUGUUGGCGCAGGUGUGAGUGCAUUAGUAAUACCAUGGCAUCAAGAACACUGGACUCUGUAACCUCUACUGUCUCUAGCAGAGAAACUGGGAAAAUAUAACAUUUGAAAAGUGUUAUUUUUAGAGGUCCUGUGAUGAAAUUUAUGGGUGCUUGAGCACUCCCAUAAAGGGUGUAAAAUCGCCAAUGAGGCAGAGAGAUGGGCUGAGGGUUGAACUUGUCCGCGCGCACACGCUCGUGCGCAAGUGUGUGCGUUUUUGUUUGUGGAUUCGGUAUAAAAACCUACGAGGACGAAGAGCCACCGAGCAGAUGUCUGGACUUGCCUGUUUCUCCUGAAGAAAUCUCAGCAAAAUAAGAAUUUUGUUCGGACAACGAUGAUGUUUCCCUGCGCUGCUCUGUCGCCUACUCUUUACCCGGGUUUCCUGCGUGUCCCAGCUACUCUCUCCGCGUCACUGAGCGAAUCGGCGGCUCAGGGAAGAGGAACCGGCUUUCUGGUAGAAGAUCACAUAAGCCAACAUGUCGGCUACAUACAUCGAACUUUCUCGUCCAUUCGUUCCGGAGACAUUGUGCCGUUCAGUGCGGGCUCAAGGUCCUUUCCACGUACAACAGAACCAAGCACGGAGACAUCCGGUCAAGUCAGCCGCAGCAGCCCCGGAUCUGUGUACGCCGCCAGCCCGGACUACCUGAAGUUCGGGGUCGGUACGAUCCUGGCACCUUCUACAUGGAGUCUCCAGAAUCUUCAGACAAAGUCGCUCUCUCUGCCUCUUUUAGACAGAAGCCUUUAUCCUUAUCUCAGAGCCUCUGAUUUCACAGCCUCCGCCUCUGUGGUUCCUGUCCCAGGAACAUUUUCAUGGCCCCUGAGCCCCAGAGGGAAGCCCAGGAGGGGCAUGCUGCGGCGGGCUGUGUUCUCAGACCUCCAAAGAAAAGGUUUGGAGAGAACCUUCCAGAAGCAAAAAUAUAUUAGCAAACCAGACAGGAAGAAGCUUGCGAGUAAACUGGAUCUUAAAGACACCCAGGUGAAAAUCUGGUUCCAAAACCGCAGGAUGAAAUGGAGAAACUCCAAGGAGAGGGAGCUGCUGUCAACGGGUGGCUGUCGGCAGCAAACCCUCCCAACCAAAACCAAUCCCCACCCAGAUCUCACUGAUGUGGGCAGCACGUACAGCCACAGGCUGAGCAGGACUGCACCAUACAACCACGAGUCACAUUUCUGUUGUCAUCAUCGUAACCCUUCAACUCUAUCAGAGUCAGGCAAACAAUCAGAACUGUCAGAGUCAGACAGUGAAGAAAUCACAGUUUUAUAAGAGAUUCUGAUUAAUGGAGUAUUCCUAGAAGAUGAUGGAAGAAAAUUCAGAAGUGCAUGAAUUAGCUCUCCAUUUUCCCUCUAUUUGUUUGUACAGUGUUGUUUAUAUUACCUUUAUAGCAUAUCUGCACACACUAAUUAAAAGUAUACUGAGCACUUUUAGAUUUAAUAUUUGUAGAUUAUUUUUUUAAACUCUAAAUAUACAAAAUGUUCUUUCAUUCAUAUUUGUAUUUGUUGCUCUCUCACAAAAAAAAUAGAAAAAUAAAAAUACUUAAUUUAAAGUGUCAUGUCAGGUGUCCUGUCUACCUUACCAAAUUAUAAACACAAUGCCAACAACACAAAGAAAGUUGGUAAAACAAUCCAAAGGGUUUUUAAAACAAUCUGCUCUAUGAUUCUACUGUAGAAGCAGGUAGGUUAAUUCCAAGGAGAGGGAGGGUAGUAGAAAAUUACACCACAACAGCGAACAGUCAAUAUGUGACUCCACCAUUACUGGAGGCCAAGGUAAAGAGUAAGCAUCUGGUUAGAUACCAUAUUUUAAAGGUUUUUAGGGCCAAGUAUUUAGAAGCAUGAAAUUAGAGGUCAUCUGUUCUUUAUGCCUUUAAGACAUUCCUGCAGUUUAAUAAUUAGUAUAGUUAUCUGGAUUAAUGGAUGGGUAAAGUUAGGCUUAUUUUGAAUGGCAGUGAAAAUACAUGUUAUAUCUUCUAAUGAUACUGACUAAGGGAAUCAUUUAUAACAUAAACAGAAUUACUCCUAGCACGGUUGGCCGCAAGCACUCCUCCUAGCUCUCCUAGCCGCAAGGUGGUUGGUGCAAGCUGGUGGACACCAGAGGUGAAGGGAGUCAUCAGAGAAGCAAAAACUUGGGUGGGGGAGAGUUUUUUUCUAAGGCCUAAGUAAUUGCUUUGAGACUUUCGUAAGCAAUUAUGGCAAACCAUCAGGUGACUCAGGAAAGUCCUGCUCUACCAACAUGGUGGAGUGCUGCUGACUUCAACUGAGGGUAUUGUCAGGUAGUGGUAGGUAGGGGUGAAGUCACGGAGGCACCUAAACAGCUCCUUGGUUGCAGGGCCCAUAAGUGGAUGAGGUUUGCCCUGAGUUCCUGAAGCUUGGGUGUUUGCCCAACCACCCUACAUGUGUUCUGUGGACUUGGAGAAGACAUUUGACUGUGUCCCUCAGAGUAUUCUGUUUGAGGUGCUUUGGCAGUCUGGGGAGUCGUCUACACUAAUCUGGAUAAAUUUGAAAAUAGCUAAAAAGGCUUCGCGUCAACACUAUCAUUUUCAAUCGUUUCCAAACAGUUAUUGAUCCACACCGAAACGACUGAAAAUGCUUACAUUCCUGUACUGUGCAUGCAUGAAACAUAGGACGAUUCGACCUGCAUCAUUUCUGUCUGCCAUUUAUUUACUUUCCGGCUCUUUGAAAGGUCGUACCAAAAUGUUGAGAAAAAGCACAGAGUUUUUAAAUGGUCUGACAAUGAGGUGGAGUUGUUGCUGCAAGUAACACAAAAGUACAAAGUUGGAAAAGCGAGUGAGAAUUAAAGAAUUUGAAGAAAAGCUAUCUGGAGGAUGUACAAACUGAUAUUAAUCUUUAAUAGGGCUGUCAAAAUUGAGCACAACAAAACAACUGCAGUAUAAUGCCCUCCGCCAUCUUAGUUUAAUUGGUCACAUGACUGCAUCAUUUGACUACAAUGCGUCAUCGUUUCCGAAAGCCUGUGGUUACGCAGUCCACACUGCGACGUGAAAAUGGCGUUUUCAAAUGUAUCCGCUUUGGAGAGCUUUGGAGUCUCAGUGUGGACGGAGGGCCAAAACAGAGAGAAAAAGAUGUGUUUUCAAAUGAAAACGUAUUAGUGUGGCCUUGCUGUUUUCA